CCUAGAGCUGGAGCAGACUUCCAGCGCCCAUCCUGAAUUUCUACCUUGUUUAGCAGGGCAGUCACUUUAUAGGUCUCUCACAAUGUCUGACCCGUCUUUGGGUGCUGCCGAUGGCAAUGUUACGGCCAAGCGUAAGCGGGAUAGCACUGACAGCACUGGCCCCGAUGCCCAGCGCCUGAAUCGAUCCUCCAAUGGAAGCAACGGCAGCAUUCCUGCUCCAGAUGCCCAGCCAAACUUCACGCAUAGCUCUCUGGGCUCCUAUGAUACCCAUGGUCUCCCGAGCGCGACAGCAGAGCUCAAUAUCGAUCAGCAAAUCCUGCAGCAUGUCGGUCCGCAGAAUGGUAUCUCGGACGAUAAUACCCUCACUGCGAAGGCAGCGCUUGCUGCCCAUACGCCUCAGAACAAAUACCCGCCUCCCCCGGACUCAACCUUUGAUAACAAUCUUGCACAUGGCUUGACAUUUGGCGAUGACAUGGGUCAGGCUAUCAGCUCCGCACACGGUCAUAACUCUACUGCCGCCGCCGUCUACGCUGCCCGCGAAGCACAAAGUAUGAAUCAGAAGCCUUCGGUCGGUUCCCCGGAGUGGCACCAGAUUCGCAAAAACAAUCAUAAAGAAGUGGAACGCCGACGCCGUGAAGCAAUUAACGAGGGCAUCAACCAGAUCGCCCGCCUCGUCCCGAAUUGCGACAAGAACAAGGGGGCCAUUCUACAGCGCGCGAUCGAGUAUAUCUGCCAGUUACAUGAAGAUAAGAAAACUAUGAACGAGCGUUGGGAGCAGAACAACAUGACGACGAGUCAUGCAAUUAGCGAAAUCAGCGGUCAGAACUCAAAGUUGAAGGGCGAAGUCAACCGCCGUGGGGAUAUUGCGCUCAAGUGGCUGCAGCGCUGCCGCGACGCAGGUCUCGAAUUCGACGACUAUGAAGAUUCGAAAGAGCUGGAGCCUCUUGACGUGGACCAAGGCCAGGUCUAAUUUCCAGUAUAACUUGCAUUAUCGCGCGUGCAGGAACCGUGACAUGAUCAUCACUGCAUAGUUUCUCUCCUUUAAAUAUCCCAUGUGCUACGACCUGUUUCUGAA